AUGCCGUUGCAGCUGAACGAGCGCGUCAGCCUCGUGUCGGCCGGGCUGCUCAAGAUCGCGAAGGCGCGGCUCGAGGACAGCGGGAAGUACCUGUGCUGGGUGAACAAUACGGCGGGGGAGGAGACGAUCCAGGUGUCGCUGACGGUGACGGCACCGCUGACGGCGCACCUGCAGCCUCAGGUGCAGACGGUCGACGUCGGCAAGGAUGCGCAGUUCCAGUGCGUCAUUUCCGGCUUUCCGGCGCACGAGGUCCUGUGGAUGCAUAACGGGAAGCCGAUCGUGCGCGAUAGCCGGAUCGAGAUCUACACCGAUGCGCCGCGGAUCGUGAUCAAGAGCGUACAGAAGGAGGACCAGGGCAUGUACCAGUGCUUCGUCGCCAACGAGUGGGAGCAGAUUCAGUCGACCGCCGAGCUGCAGCUUGGAGAUGCGACACCGGAGCUGCUCUACUGGUUCUCGGAGCAGACGCUGCAGCCGGGCCCAACCGUGUCGCUGAAGUGCGUCGGCACGGGCAAUCCACCACCGCAGUUCACUUGGAAGCUGGACGGGUUUCCGAUCCCGGACAGCCCCCGGUUUGUCGUGGGCCAGUACGUCACCAUCCACGACGACGUCAUCAGUCACGUGAACGUUUCCAACGUGAAGGAGGAGGACGGUGGCGAGUACACGUGCGUGGCACAGAAUAGCAUAGGGAGGGUGUCACACAGCGCCAAGGUGAACAUCUACGGGCUUCCAUACAUCCGCGAGAUGCCGAAGAUAACGGGGGUGUCGGGGCACGAUCUCAUCAUCAAGUGCCCGGUCGCCGGCUACCCGAUCGACCGGAUCCACUGGGAGCGCGACGGCCAGACGCUGCCAAUCAAUCGGCGGCAGCGGGCGUACAACAACGGGACGCUCAUCAUUGAGCAGCUGCAGCUGGCGGAGGACGCCGGCACGUACACGUGCAUGGCGCAGAACAAGCAGAAACAGACGGCCCGGCGGAACGUCGAGAUUCAGGUGAUCGUGCCGCCGAAGAUCAUGCCGAUUCAGGCGAUGACGAACAUGCUGCGCGAGGGCAUGCGGGCGGCCAUCUCGUGCCAGAUCCUUGAGGGCGACCUGCCGGUCAACUUUCGCUGGGAGCGCAACGGGAAGCCAGUGCUCGGUACGGGCAACGAGGUCAUCCGCCGGCUGGACGAGUACAGCACCAGUCUGGUGAUCGAGCACAUCACCUCGGAGUACUCGGGGAACUACACCUGUCUGGCGACGAAUGUGGCCGGAAGCGAGAGCUUUACCGUGCCGCUGACGGUGAACGUGCCGCCGAAGUGGAUCCUCGAGCCGAAGGACUCGAGCGCCCAGGCCGGGCAGGAUGUGGCGUUGCACUGUCAGGCCGGUGGCCAUCCGGCACCGACGGUUACGUGGAAGAAAGCGAUCGGCAACACGCCCGGCGAGUACAAGGACUUCCUGUACGAGCCGAACGUGAAGCUGCAUCCGAACGGUACGCUGCAGUUCCGCAAGAUCGCCAAGGACUCGCAGGGUCACUUUCUCUGUGAGGCCCGCAACUCCAUCGGAACCGGUGUUAGCAAGGUUAUCUUCCUCAAGGUGAACGUACCUGCACAUUUUACCACCAAGAACAAACAGAUCACCUCACCACGUAACAAGCAAAUCCACAUCCAGUGCAACGUCCAGGGCGACAACCCAAUAGACAUCAAGUGGAAGAUGCAAAACUCCCAGCAGCACCUCGACGAGUCGCUCGACAACCGAUACAAUAUCCGAGAGCAGGUACUGGACGACGGUAUGGUGUCAGAGUUAGGAAUCUCGCACACCUACCGGCAGGACACCGGUGUCUACGUCUGCCAGGCAUCGAACGCCUUCGGGCAAGACGAGAUGUCGAUCCAUCUGGUGAUUCAAGAAGUACCAGAGGCUCCGAAAAACCUCCGCAUCAACUCACAGCAGUCACGAACGCUGCAGCUCUCCUGGAGCCAACCGUUCGCCGGGAACAGCCCGAUCGAGAAGUACAACGUAGAGUACAAGCUGGUGACGGAACCGUGGCAGUCGGCCGAACACAUCACCGUGGCCGGAACGCAAACGGUCAUAACGCUGCAGAACCUAAAACCGGCCAAGGCGUACCAUCUGCGCAUUUCGGCCGAGAACAAGCUGGGCGCUUCGGAGUACUCAGAGGUGAUUCAGGUGACAACGCUUGAGGAAGUGCCUUCGGGGCCACCGCUCAACAUCAAGGGCGAACCGAAGAGUUCUACUGAGAUCUUCCUCUCGUGGGAGGCACCCGAUCGGGACCAGUGGAAUGGAAACCUGCUCGGGUACUACGUCGGAUAUCAGGUAGCCGCGAGUCCGACCGAUCGCGAAAUCAACCCGACACAAGGCUUUAACUUUAAAACGGUCGAGGUGCGUAGCCACUUUGGUGGUGAGACGACUCUUCAGGGGCUAAGUAAGUGUACCACGUACAACAUCGUGGUACAGGCGUACACCAGCCAGGGCAGUGGACCUCCAAGUAAGGAAAUCUCACUCGGCACACUCGAGGACGUACCUUCCAGUGCACCAGACAGUCCCAAGUGUGACGUUCUCAGUUCCACGUCGAUCUACAUCACCUGGUCACCGCCGCCCGUCGAUGGACAGAACGGCAAAAUCCGAGGGUACAAAGUAUCCUACAUCGAAAUGGACGACCUCUAUGAAAAAGAACCCUACACCUCGAAAACGAACAAUCAGUACCUUACGCUGGAGAACCUGAAAAAGUUCACCAACUACACGUUCUGGGUGCUGGCGUUCACCAAGGUUGGCGACGGUGUUCGGACUAACCCGUUCCAUUGCAUCACCCAGGAAGAUGUUCCUUCCGCACCACGUGCUCUGAAGGCAAUCCCUUCGUCUAGUACGAAAAUCAUAAUCUCCUGGUUACCGCCACCGCACCGGAACGGGAUCAUAACCGGCUACACUUUCUACAUGUCGCUCGUCGAUGGUGGUCGCGACGAGGGAACGCACAAGCGGUCUUUGGUCCCGUACGCCGAGAGUCACGAGACGGUUCGGUUGCAGGAGCAUGCCACCUACCAGUUCUGGCUGACAGCGUCCACCAAGGUGGGUGAAGGCGAAAAGUCGGAGGUAGUAACAGUGCCACCGAACAACAAAGUCCCGGCACGGAUCGUCUCCUUCAGUCAGGAGAUCGUUACACCCUGGAAGGAGACGCUGGUACUACCCUGCCGGAAGGUGGGAGUACCGGCACCGGUAACCAUCUGGCGGCAGGAUGACCAAUCGAUGGACACGGGAACACGCAAGCUGAUUGCGAAAAACGGAACACUCUACAUCAAGGACUGUCAGGCCACGGAUGGGGGCAACUAUACGUGCAGUGUGGAGAACAACUGGGGCCGCGACGAGAUCGUCUACCAUAUCCGUAUCAAGGUGCCGCCGGAUCCACCGACACUCACCAUCGUCAACACCUACACCGAUAGCCUCCUGCUCGAGUGGGUGGACAAUCGGAACGGUGGCUCGCCGGUGCUCGGCUACGUCAUCAACUAUAAGCGCGAAAACGGUGACUGGGAGGAGCUGCAGAUCGACUCGAAGACCAACACCCAUCUGCUGGUGAACCUCUGGUGUGGCACCCGCUACCAGCUGUACAUCACGGCGUACAACAAGAUCGGCACGGGGCUGCCGUGCGACAUCGUGAACUCGAGCACCAAAGGACUGGCGCCGGUGCAGCCGAAGCACUCGCAGAUGAUUACCAACAACUCCACCAGCGUCACCUGCUGGCUGGACUCGUGGGGUGACGGCGGUUGUGGCAUACUGCACUUCUCCAUCGAGAACCGCCUGUACGGGCGGGCACCGUGGGCCAUGAUCGCGAGCCAUGUUGAGGCAACCGAGCGCAUCUUCACUGUGUCGGACCUUCAGCCGGCCACAAAGUACCAACUGCGCGUUACGGCCUACAACAACGCAGGAGCUACGAUGGCCGUGUACAACUACACCACGCUCACCGUGCAGGGUGUGAUGGUUUAUCCAGAUCUUACCAAUCCCGUAUCUCCGCAUAUGGGCGAACAUCCGUUCUAUGCUAACUUUAAGGUUAUUCUUCCACUCUGUCUAUCCAUCUUGAUCCUGUUUGCACUCGUUGCGGCCGCCCUCCUUAUCCGGAAACGAAAAAUGAACAACCAAAAUCGCAUCCCCUCGACUUCGAUGUCGGAAUCACCCUCGAUCGCCAACAUUCAAAACAAGCAGAACCGGGACCAGCAGUACCUGGCCGUGCGGGCUCAGCAGACGAGCCGAAACAGCAACUCCGUUGACUCGGGCAGCUAUAAAGCCGAGGGAAAUGAGUAUAUUGAAGACAUUUGCCCGUAUGCAACAUUUCAACUGAACAAACAAACGUACAGUGAAAGUUCAUACAGUGGAAAUGUCUACAGUGGACCAUAUCACUCGAACAAAGAGCCCGAGUACACGAAGGUACGCAGAAAGGGCGGAUCUCGACUCCGAGAUCCGGCCACCUCGGAACCAAUAGAAUCAGACAAUCCCGGAUCCACAGAUUCCGAAGUUAGGAAGAUACUAACACUUCAUAUACCGAUUACAGAAUAUGAUACACUCGGUUCCGAAUCUGACAACGAUAUCGCCUCGCGCUCCAACCAGUCCAACUAUCGUCACCAUCGUGACACGCAAGACGAAACGUCUUCGUCUUCCGAAAACUCUCCCUCGAGCAUAUCGAGGAAAUCCAAGCCACCCUAUCCACCGAGAAAGUCUGCCAAAGCACAGUCGCAAAACUUGCCGAAGCGACACGUGCGUAGCUCUAGCGGGUACUCUAGCCACAACGAAGAAACUACAUUCAGUAUAUCGAACUAUCCUAACUACUCUGACCAUAUAACGCCGCCGGCCCGGUUUUCGGACCUGCUCGGCCGCGACGCGACGCUGGCCGUGUCGUCCGUCAAUCCUUCCAGCCUCGGAAGCGCCACGGAGAUCGGCAGCAACGUCGUGGGCAAAAAGUCCAGCAACCACUCGCCCCGACCACGUGCCAAUCAGAAACUGCAACGGGAAGCGUUUCAGAUCAAUGUGUAA